AUGGAGGGAAAUUAUCUCCAGAGCAUUCCCGAAGUUGUCGUCUCGCUUCCAAGUCUUGAAGUUCUGGUUUUGAGCGACAACGAAAUCACAUUCCUUCAUCAAGACUUGGAUAACUUGUUCCAGUUAAAAGAGCUUUACUUGGACGACAACAAAUUGUCCGAGCUUCCGGCGUCACUGCUACCAUAUCUCGCAGAGCUUGAAAAGCUUAACUUGAGCAACAACAAGAAAGUGUUAACCCUGGGUAAAAACGAAAAGCCCAAAAAACGGAGUCAGACGAAAGCAAAGAUGAACCAUGUCGAUGCAAAGGUCACUACGGAGAGACUGACUGGUCUGGGAGCUCCAGAAACUUCCAGUACGUCUGUAGUUGCUCAAGAUCGUUCAAUGGUGUUUUCAGAAAUAAAUCUAAACCACCCCGAAGAAGAGAGAGACAUCUUUGGAGGUAAACCAGGUCUUGUCAAUUUGAAAUCUGAAGAUGCAGACCCCAAUAUUGCUGAGCGUGUAAAGCGUAAUACUCUUAGCGCUAAAGCAAGGGUCGGUCAAGCAAUGCGCCCAUCGCCAAAGUGGGGAAUACUCAUCCGCGAGCUUAAGAAAGCGGGCUUUUUGCCAUCUAUUAAAGUACAGCUCCCAAAACUUAGAAGAGAAGAGAGAAGACCGGUGAAGGUAGUGAAUCAUGGAUCAAGGUAUACAUGGCGCGGCUGGAGAGUUGACGCGAACUCUCAAUCGACAUUGAAGAGAAAAACAUCUUCAGUUGAGUCUGAAUCACUUGACAACAAACUCGAUGAAUUUGGACAUCUUGCAAGUAUUAGUGAAUUAUUUCCAGAGGUGAAAAUGGAACAAGGAAGAUUAACGCUUGACCUUAGCUGGCAAGAGCUUUCAUAUGUUUCGGGAACUAUCUGCGAACUAGUAAAUCUCAAUUCGCUUCUCCUUGACCACAACCAAGUCACGGAUUUGCCUACUGGAAUGGACAAACUUUCCAAGUUACGCAUUUUAAGUCUUAAUUCUAACGAAAUGAUCUCCCUGCCAGAGAAUUUACGACAUCUAAACUAUCUCAGGCGCUUGUUCCUUAGUGGAAAUCAUAUAAGGGCACUUCCAGACUGGUUUGAAGGUUUCCAACAGUUGACGUAUCUCUCUUUGGAAAAUAACGAUAUGCCAUUCUUUCCAACCGAAAUCUGCUCUCUAGUAAAGCUGGAAUAUCUUCUUCUUGCGGGAAACAAAAUUGGAGAAUUACCAGAAAAGAUCAAACAACUGAAAAAACUGAGGGAACUGUUUUUAGGUCGAAACGUUAUUCGUUUAAUUCCCCUUUCCAUUGCUGAGAUGAAUUCUUUACGGGUGUUGUACCUGGACAACAAUGGUCUUGAAGAGAUACCCUACUCUGUUUUAAGCGUGAUGGAAUUACAGACACUAAAUCUGAGCGGGAAUUCGCUGAAUUUAAUACCAGAUAACAUCAUAAAUCUCCGGGACCUGGAGGAGCUUGAUCUGGGAAAGAACAACAUUCAAAAGUUACCAUUUUGGUUCCACCGUCUUGCUAAUCUAAGAGUUUUGUCUUUAAACUGCAACGGCAUGUCAGUUUUCCCUGAAGUCCUUUGUAAAGUGCCAAACCUUUCCACCUUAGACUUGAACAAAAACAAGAUCAGAGAGCUUCCAGAUUUUAUUCGGAGCAGCAUUGGCGAGCUGAUCACCAUGCAACAACUCGACCUGUCCUACAAUGAGCUCAGAGGUCUGCCUGAUAGCUUUAGAAAUUUGCGAAGUUUAGAAAUUCUUCACCUUGAAGGAAAUCCGUUGAUUGAGUUACCGGUGUGCAUGAACGAGCUUACGAACUUAUGUAAACUGUAUCUGGACAGAACAAUCACGAUUCCCAAAGAGAUUUUCCAACUUCCAAAGCUGGAAAUUCUUUAAGUUUCUUCACCACUUAGCUUUGACUAUACCCUGGGUACCAGGGGUUUUUUCUCAUGUGUGACGAGGAGCUUCGUCGGCUGCAGGCCGACACGCCUUCGGCCUUUGGCAGAAGACACGAGCGGCGAAAAGCCUCUGGCACCCAGGGUACUUUGACUAUGGACAAGAGAGGAAAUAAUAUUAGGCUCCUCGCACGCACCUCUCCAGCCUCGUUCUCAUUUCGGAUGUGAUGUCACGUCAAGCUUGUGGGAAAAGUCACGUUCAGCCCCAAGCUUCCUCUGCUCGCGUCAACCUGCCUGGGGACGAAGCUGACUGGACAUCUCCACUUCCUUCUGCGAACAGAACGUGUAGAGAUUUGGCAAAUAAAGUUUUUUUUAGUUGUUAUUACUCUUUUAUCAUAAUUUGCUCCGCAUCGAAAAUAGCAACAAAACUUAAUUUUAAAUAUGCUAUUUUAGGAUUUCACAAGUUAAAAGCGUUAAAAAAGACUGAGUUUCUGAGUAAAAGCGGCGUCUUCUUUAAACUUUUUAGUUUCCAAAAAUAUGAUUUUAGACCUACCUAGAGGAUACACUAUGGACAAAAUUUUAUUGUUCAGCUAAGUAAUGAAUCAUGAUGCUAUGGUCUGAGCUAGAGAUGAGCCGUUAUUUAUUUAAUUAUUGUUGGAUAUUAGUCUUUUUCGUUUUCGUGUUUUUAAACUAAAAAUAUCGAUACAAUGCUCUCUGUCCCCUUUUGUUCAAGGAAGAGACCAUUUCAUUCAUAUUUCCAUCGGUUUUCCAUGCAUGUCUUCGUGAAUAAUUUAUAUUGAUUCAUUACUGCUUUUCCUUGAAUACAGGCUGUUGCAAUUAAAUCGAAAUUAAAACAGUUUUUAUUAACAUAUGAAGUUUUCCUUGUCAUUAUAUCAACAUGCGUAAAGCUCUUUGAUCAGAACAACGAAAGUAUCAGUAUGGAUAGAAUAGACGAUACAACAUGGCAAGUGCUUUAAACAUAUAACACACCGUGUUGCUGUAUAUUAGCCGAAAUCUUAGGUAUACGCUGCUACACAUCGGCAACGAACUCCCUUUUGACCGUGCAGUUUUCAUGAGGUAUUUUCAAUAAACGACACUGCAUUUCACCCUUACAGUAUUCUGACACUUAUUAUUUAAAGCCCUUUGUAGUUCAUAUUUCAACUACGUCAUCCAGGGCUGCUGCUGACGUUAGCAUUACUCAUGAUGACGUAAUUCAGGUUUGUAGAGGUGAGACGCCUUGACGCCCUGAUAACAAAGUUGGAUAGACCCCAGUCCCCUCUUUCAAUCUCUCUCCUUCACCUAUCGAGUCUUUUAAAAAUAUACUUGAUACCAUUUUUUCCUAUUAUUUCGAAAUUCCCUAUACAGCCUGAAGUUCACAAUACGGAUCACCUGACUAUCACCCAUAUGUACACGGGCAAAUUCAAAAACAAAAAAGUUGGCGGGCGGACGUCUCUGUCGGAUAAUCAACUUCCGCCGGGUAUAUAUAACUUGAUAGGAUUGCUUUCUCCCCUUCUCUCUUUAGUGACACAGUCGUGGUCAUCCAUGCUAAAAAAAGGUCAUUCCUUUUUCCUCUUUUGUACCCUGCGAGCAGUGGUUUCUCCAGGCCGGACGCUACGGGAGAGAAACCUUCGUAGCGUAGCGUCCGGCCUGGAGAAACCACUGCUCGCAGGGUAGCUCUUUUUUUAGAUUAAAAGAAGAAGUAAAAGAGAAGAGAAAAAAGCGAAACUUUUCGUCUCUUUCUCUUUCUUUUCUUUUUUGCCAUCCAACUUUGCUUUAACCGCCACUCUCUCUUCUAAAGGAGAAAACGUCAUUAACUAGUCGAAGCUAUUUGUGUCCUCUUGUUUUGGAAACUGAGAUUUAUCUUUGUUGACACACAUUUCUUAGGUAACCACGUGUACACAGGACAACAUUGUGAAUUGCAAAUUCUACAUAGUUUGAUGACGACCUGAAAACAUGGAAAAAGGUCAUUGUUUAAUUUUCUUUUCUUGUCAAUCAAUCCCGGACAAUAGCAUGCAUUUUUGCUUCGCACAAUUUAAUAACAAAAUACACAGUACUCUUAGUUAACAACAGUUAUGGAAAUUUGUCUAUCUUUUGAAAGUGCUCAACUAUGCUUUCAAUAUCAACACAUUUGACCUCGGCGCGGGGGUCAUAAGAAAUCGGAACCUUGAAACAAACCUAAAUAUAUCAACAUUUUAGUCAGGCUAUAACAAUAUUUCACGCAAACUCGUUUUGGAUCUUCACCGAAAGCGAAAAAAUAUUUUUACCGAACCGGAAAUCGUAAAACAACAAAAGAAAUGCAAAACAUACAUCAAUCAUCUUUCUAUAGAUACGAAGGAAUGCUGAAGCCAUCCUAUGACCUUAAAAAUUCAGAUCAACUAAAAAUGACCAUACAGACGGCGAAUAAAUUAUACUCUUGUCUCUAACCAAAUUUGGGGAAUGUAGCUUUAAAUAUUUAAUUGGUCUUCGUUAAAGUACAAUAUCUCUGCGUUCAGCCGGAACGGAAAUGGGUCGGAACAGAACAAUUUCUCAUCGUCUCGAUUACCAAAUUUGGUUAAGGCCACUGGGUGUUGACCAAUAGGAGAGCGUUAUUUGUGAAAAGGGAAGUGGGUCUUAUCGGCACUGCCCACUGUGGGAAAAACAGGCUUAUAAUCUUGGAGUCUCCAUACUUUCAGUUGUUUUCUUCCUUGUUUUUUGGCCAGUUAAACGUUGUUGAACUUUGCCUUUUCAACAUGGCAGACUCUCAUCUUUCACAAGACGAAGUAGCAGAAAUUCGAGAGUCGUUUAGUCAGGUAAACAUCCUCUUUAAAGCCCACUUUCAGCUGAAACUUUCGCUUGCUCAUUUUAUAACAAUUACCUUACUGUAGCUAAGUUCUAAUUUACUUCCUUGAUGACAUGCUGUUUGCAACUUUCCAUAGAACGAUCUUAAGUCCAAACAAAAUGAAAUGAUUUUAUCCUUUGCGUAGUCGUUGAAUAAUCUGAAUUUUACUGCGCUCGUGUUCUCUGCGCGUCUGGCAAGUAUUAAGCAAUAGCUUAAUGCUGUGCAAUUCUACAGUAGCUGCUAUAAAUUUGUAACUUCGUUCACUCUGCUUUAUCUACAGUUUGACUUGGACGGCAAUGGCCACAUAACUUGCCAAGAGAUUGGAUCGGUUAUGAAAGCUUUAGGAGAAGACAUACCUGGCUAUAAAUUACGUGAAAUUAUAAAAGAGGUCGACAAAAAUAAGAACGGAACUGUUGAGUUCAAUGAGUUCUUGGAGGUGAGUUCUAAAAAAGCGCCAAAAUUUUCAGCAGAGGGAGAAAUGAAAACGCUUGUCUCUUACCAAUUAACAGGGUUAAGAUCUUAAUUAUCGCAGAGUUAAUGUGGCGAGGCGUUGUAGAACAACUUAUUGCCAAAUGAAAUGUAGCUGAAAUAAUUAGCAUACUUAAAUAAGUAAUGUUUCUUUUAUAUCUCUGGGAUUUAGCAGAUAAUUAACUCAUUUAGCCCGUUUAGUAAAUUGCAUUCUUUUCACAGGGUAAAUAGUGUUCCAAUAGUAAGGUUGCUUGCUUUUAAUAACAUGCCUUUAUUAAUAGCCCAAGACUUUCUGCAAGAAAUUUUUAAAAGCUUCUUUAAAAAUGUACCUUUGUUGUUUUUUUUUAAGAUGAAUAAAAUUCCUAAGCAUUAAGGCCAUAAAUCCAAAAUAAUAACAUAGUAAAAGCUAUGAAAUUAUGUCCCUGGUCACUCUAUAAAGAUAGAUUUUGUAUGAAACAUGUCCACAUUACCAGCUACUAAACAGUUUGAAGCCUUUUACAGGCCCCUUAAUAUCAACAUACAGAUUUCAUAUUGUGUGGUUCCAAAAAUAUCCAUACCCCACCACAGAGGGAAUUUCACUUAGGACCCCUCCCCCCCCCACCUCCCUGGUUUUCCAUAUUGCAAGGAACAGAUGAUCCCCCCCCCCCCCCUGGAAUCUCCACAAAGUAAGACAAAGACCCCCCAACCCCUCUGGAAAAGUUUAUUUUCACGAAAAAAGAUUAUCAAAGUAAAGAAUGACACCAUUGUGGUUACAUAAUGGUUUUCAUUUGAUUUUAUCGAGCGGUCUUGAAUUAAAACACAGUAAACUACCUACAAAGCAACCUAAACUACAAAAUAUUGCUUAUCCCUUUAAAUGAAAGAGAUAAAGUUGUAUCUGUCAGUUAUGAUGUGCAAGACGGCUUAAGCUGUCUCCAUGCGCGGGUAAGGCCGUAAUGUUGAUGGAAUCAAUAUGCCAUUUCAGCAUGAAUAUAAUCACAAACACGUCUACUUUUAAACAAAAAAUCAAGGGAAAAGAAAAGGAGAGUAAAAACUCUAGAUUCUCAAAUCGUUACAUUUUAUAAUGUCUGCUUCCUGAAGGUAAACUUUCACUGUUGUACUGUUUUUCGAUUGACUAACAUGCCGCGGAGAUCAAAGAAAUGUAGCUAGUCACCAGUGCACCACACCUGUCACUCUUAUAUGUCUCUAAGGAGACUGGUAACGAGUAAUGGCGGAUAAUUUUAUGCACGUGACAAGUCAAGUUUUUGUCGGCCUAACAAGGGUCUAAUUCCUUUGGACUCGCAUACAUAACGCUUUUUGUUUUCAAAAAUGUUCUACCAGAUCAGUAAGUAGCAAUUAUUUUCAUACUGUGUUCAAUAUUAACCCCUUGGAAAGUGAUUUUUAUCAUCCAACUUCCCUCCUCUCUGGAAUUUACCUUGCUAUUAAACCCGAAAGUAACGCCCCCAUAAUAGCGGCCCCGGAAAAAAUGACCACUCAAAAAAAGAUAUAUAAUUUUUGUACCGUUAAUGUAACAUUUCAAGAAGUGUGGCAUGUGGUUACAAAUACAAGUAGGUAGGGGGUUGAAUAAUAUUUUCCUAUUUAAUUUACAACAAAUGCCACACAAUAUUUCCCUAUUUUAGUGGUGUACUGUAUUUUCAUAAACAUAGGAUAUGGGUAACAUAGUAACUAAAAUGUGAAAAAACAGAUAAAAGCUGUAUGUGUCAUCACAGUUGUCAUAUAACACGAACAAUAUUUUCGACGUAUAGUACACAAACAUUUUGGAGCCUUUUUUGUUACAGUUUUUUUUAUUUUGUUUAUAUGGAUAAUGAAUACCAUAACCAGCAUGCAACCUGAAUGACCUUUUUAUGUCUGUUAUGCGUCCUCUUUGUGUAAAACCCCUGCUGAAUUACAAACGUUCUCUAACCAUCCGAAAGUAACGGCUACCCAAAAGUAACAGUAACGGCCCCUUUGGCCUGCUAAAUCCAAAAAUAAAGGGGGCCAUUAUUAUUGGAAUUCUACUGUACCCUGUGUGUAAGCUCUCCUAAGGGAACAUAAUGUCAUUGCCUGAUUAAAAAUCAGCCAAUCAGUAUUUCGCAUCCCAUUCUGAGAUGUAUAUAUUCACAUUUAUGAAACACAAGUGCAAGCUCUCCUUCCCUUUUUGCCUCCCCCACUCCUGUACCCCUUGGGAACCUCAGGAGAGCUUGCUAAUGCGGGCUAUUCACUCAGCCAUGUGCAGAUGCCUACUCAAAUUUUCCAAACUGCCCUUUGCAUUUUUUAUUGGCACAAGCAAAUUUCUUUGCAAUCUUCACAGUGUCUAGUGUGUCCAUAAUCGAUUCAUGACAAUGCAUCAGUAGGCAUUUGUUCAGGCGGUUCUGCCUCAUGGGGCUUCUUAGGUAGUUCUUGGGAAUUGUUAUGCUGCGCCAGCGAUAUUUUCAACACCAAAAAUGCGGAGGGGCCCUGCUCCCCCAAAUUGCAACAGCCCAAACUUCUGGACUAGUAAAUCUUGUCUCCUCUCAUCGAACUGGUUUUCAACUGCGAGCAUUUAUGUAUUGAUAAUGAUAAACUGAUGGUUAUAAUUGAGCUCGUUGUAGCAUGCACAUGGCUAUUAGGCCUGGGUUCGAAACUUUAUCUUAGCAACAUGCAGCGCAUGCUCAGGAAAGUUCUUGCUUGAUUCAUGCAGAGUCUUUCUUGAGUACAGCAAAAUUUAGCAAAUGUGUGCUGCUGUCAGGUUGCUAACUGCAUUGUGCAUUUUUAUUCCUCCAGAUUUAUAAACAAAACAGCAAAAAGUUCUCGGCAGGGUCAGAGUUUAAAAAGCUAAUAAAGAAAAGGGACCAACUUGAGAGUUCAGGAGGGACUUCUGAAAGUUCGGCAGAAGGCACAAAGCAUUCUUAUUCUGAGGCAGAGAGAGUUGCUUUUGUUGACUGGAUAAAUACUGCACUCAAAGAUGACAAGGAGGCACAGGCUUACCUACCCAUUAACCCAGCAACGUCAGAUGUGUUUGAAAAGAUGAAGGAUGGUAUCAUUUUAUGGUGAGCCUAUUUUACUAAUUAAAAAAAAACAGCAGUUGUUAAGACUGUUUCUUGACCUCACUAUUGCAUAACUGAGGUUGAAAAAAUAAUAUUAUUACGUGGUUAUUAUUUUGUGCUGAUCUGAGUAAUUUAGAUACUAGUUAAUAAACCAGAUUCUCCUAUUUGAGAGGAUUAAGAUGUGCUUGUCUAUUAAAUGUAAGUUAAAUCAUCUAUGCCAUAAGAUCUUUUGUUCUUGCAGUGGACCUUUUGGAACCAGGCUAAGUCUCCUGGAGAUUGCAUGGGAAAAAUUUGUCUUUUAAUGGGAAAUGACUUGUCAGUGCAUUUAAUACCUUUAUAGACCUUUCGAAAAAGGCUAUGUUUUCUAGAGUUGCUGGAAGUUGCUCUGUGUGAAAUAGAAAAUUGUAAGUUUCUUUCUCAGUCAAUUACAAAAUCCAAUCCUCCUUUGUCAAGAGAUGCAAUAUUGUCCUUAUAUUUAAAGUGCUGGAAUACAUUUUUGAGUAAGUUUUGUCUUGGAACUUGCUGUAAGUACUUUGCCUUAAACAAUUUUUUAGAGUGGAAUCAAGUCAAUGUUGUUAUUUUUUGGUCUCUGAGCUUUAAUUUCCCUUUAUGGUCCUUGUCUUUCUAGUAAAAUGAUCAACUUGUCUGUACCCGACACGGUGGAUGAACGUGCUAUCAACAAACCUCAGUCAGGAAAGUCUCUGAGCAUCUAUAAGAUCCAUGAAAACAUGACAUUGGCGCUGAAUUCUGCUCGCUCUAUUGGUUGUAACAUUGUCAAUAUUGGAGCAGAGGAUCUUGAGAAGGGCAAGCCUCAUCUGGUAUUAGGUGUCCUUUGGCAGAUCAUUAGAGUAAGUUCACGUCCUGACACUCAUCAUAAGAAACAUACAUUUGGACACCUGCUAAUUACUAUUUCUGUGCAAUGCACAGUAAAGUGAUUACAAUAACAUUACUUUUUACAUUCAACACUUCUCUCUCUAAGACAGACACAGUCAGAACUGAUAGUAGUUUCUAUUACAUGACAGAUGAUUGCCUUACAGAUACGGUUUUCCAGAAGCUCAAGGAACUAGUAAAACUUGCUGCCAAUAUUUGUUUUUGAAUGAAUUGAAGUUGUCUUUGUUUUUCAUCACAGGGCUUCUGAUAUUUCGCGGAAAAAAAAGCAAAAUUUCUUGGGAUUUUCAGGGGCAAAUUCGACAAAAAAUCGGCCGAUUUCCCGGGAUUUUCGCGGGGAAAAAAGUCGAAAUUCGCAAAAAAAAUAGGCCGAUUUCACGGGAUUUUCGCGGGAGAAAAAUCAAAAUUCGCAGAAAAAUCGGCCGAUUUUGCGGGAAUUUAGCGGAAAAAAGUCAAAUUUCGAAGGAUUUUCAGGGGCAAAUUCGCGGAAAAAUCAGCUGAUUUCACGGGAAAUUUCGGGGGUAAACUUCGCCAAGAAACAAUCAAUAAAAAACAGCCAAUUUCUUUUUUCUGGCAAAUUUCGCUAAAAUCGAUGAAUUUUGUGUCGAUAUGACCAGCGUUGUGUAACGUUUUUUAAACAGGGAUAAUCAUUUGCUCUUUCAACAACAGUUCACUCAAGAAAUGAGCGAACGCUAAAGCUAUUAACAUUAUGGUUAGUGCCCAGUUUUUCGCAACGUUCAUCUAAAAAUGCCUGGUAGUUUUGGGACGUUGUUUAUACCCUUUGCAGUGAAGAAGUUUCAAGAUAAAUUUGGACGUUUGGGGUGAAUAAAACAGGUCUAAUAGCCAAAAUAAGGAUUAAAUAUGUUUUGCCGACACGUAUUCGGAAAUAUUUUUGGCGGAUUUCGCAGUAUUUCGCGUUUUUUUGGGAAUGUCGCGGGAUUUCGCGGAAAUACCUGAAUUUCGCGGGUCCGCGACCGCGCGAAAUAUCAGAAGCCCUGUCAUCAGUUCAUGUCAGUUAAAAGGAAUACUUGAUAUACCAUAUUUUUUGGUUAAAAUGUCCAUUCAGUUAUAAGAUGCACCCCAAACAGUUUGAACAUGAUUUUAUCAAGUUAACAAACUGAAAAUUAAGCUAAAAUAUGCGGGUUAAUGACGUGACAACCGUGAUUUUUGUUGCAGUUCACUUUACCUACAAUAACACAUAAAAACAAAGAUGCUUGUUCUGGUCCCUAAAUAAUUUUAGAUACGUUUACCACCCUUCACCAUUUUGAAUAUACUCUUUAAUAUUGUUUCAGAUUGGUUUGUUUGCCAACAUCACACUGACAAAUGUACCAGGACUGGCCCGUCUCUUGAGGGAGGGAGAGACAAUUAAUGACCUCAUGGCUCUUUCUCCUGAAGAAAUUCUACUGCGUUGGUUUAAUUACCAUUUGGAACAAGCAGGACACCAUCGCCGUGUGCAUAAUUUCAGUGAUGACAUUAAGGUAGUCUACAUUGAUUUACAUAGAACUUUUCUUUGACAUUCAAGGACUGUGUUGCCUGAAAAUUUGAUGUCUGCAGAUUAGAUCUGUUGUAAGAGGUAUACUAGCAAAAUUGUUUGAUGAGAUUCAGAAUUCAGAGGAAACUCUAACCUUCUCUAGGAACAUGCAGUGAACAAAGAAAUGGAAGAGUGAUUUUUGGUUGGUUGUUUGUUUCCGGAAAAUAAUGUGGCUAAUGAUCUGAUGCCAAAUUCUCCUUUUGAUUCCCAAGCCUAUAUAUUAAAGGCUGAAGAAUCUAGCAGUCCAAAAAAUCAUUUAGGGCACCCCGUCUUUAUAUAAUGUCACCUAGUUUCAACUACUUUCUCAGGUAAAAUGUGUUGUUGGCCCUGAUUUGCAUUUGUAAUUAACUUGUUUUCUAUGAUCUGUUUGACCAGUGAUCAAUAUUAAAUUAAGAUCUGUUUUUUUCUUCAGGAUUCUGAAUGUUACUCCAUUCUUCUUAGUCGCAUUACUCCUACUGAAAUGUACGUGGAUAACCAUCCAAUGCGUGUAAGUAUAAACAUAACACCUUGAGGGCGUUAUUAAGCUGGAGGAUUGUGGAAAAGUAAUCCAGAGCUUUAGAGAAUGAGGCAUGUAACAAAAUGUGCUCCGCUGUUUCGUUUUUCCUUGGUCAUUUAAUGAGUUGCAAAUUAGUAUGUUCAGGGCCUUGUUAUCAUACCUGAUGGCUGAGACUACAAAAAGAAUUGGUGAAUAGAAAUAAUUUUUUUUGAUCCAAACAGUGGCCAGCGUCUAAAGGCCUUUAUUGUUAAACUAAUCAGUAAACUAAUUACCUUAUCUGUAAAUAAAAUAUGUAUAGAGUACAGUGUGGAGAGAAUUCACACUCAGUGAUUUUGUUACAAAUAGUUAUGGCGAGUCCUGGAACUCAUCUUGUGAAAAAUCAUGGGUCCCAGUCCCGAACCAUUGAGUCCCAGUUAAAAAACAUGAGUCCAUGGGUCUUUAUGUAACCACACAGUUGAUAUAAAGACAGACGGCAAAACUCUGUAUUACAGUUUACUGAAAUAAAAAUGUACUCCUUCUAUUGUCCAGCUCAACAAAGUCUAAAAGAAAUAUACGCGGUUAAACAACAGCCAUAAGAACAGCCACGGAAAUCGUACAAACAGGUUAUGCUACAAAAACAUGUUCAGAUCGAUCAAUCAAUGUUUGCAUCUUAUGGGACACAUACCACAAAUUAUUUAGCGUCUUUGGGGAUUUUUAUGCAUCAGGGACGCAGGACGCAGAGGUAAUAAAAUCACUGCAUAUUGAUAAAUGGGUUUUAAGGGUUAAUAUUUUUACAACAGCAACUCUAUACAACAAUGAUUUGUGACUGCUUUGAAUUUGUGUAUUUGAUGUGUAAAAUCAGUGCAAAUUCAUUUCUGUAAAUGGCCUUAGUACAGUUUGCCCUCCUAAGGGUUUGUGAUCUGCAUGCAUUAAUUAAUCAGAAAAUACUCUUGUCCUUGCUUUAGGAAAAAGAUCUUAACAAGCGAGCAGAGAAAAUGUUGCAGAUGGCAGACAGGAUCAACUGCAGAAAGUUUGUACGCCCUAAGGUAUGAUAGAAACAUAUUAGGGGGAGGACCUUGAACUCCUGGCUUAUGAAGUAUAAGCAAAGAACUACAGUUCUAAUGCAUCAGAAAUUGAUCAUCACAAAUGUGACUUAAAUGAUAAUCAGUUCAUUCUAGAGAAAAGGAGUUUCCAUAAAAAUCCUUAAUGGCUCCAGUGCUAGAAGCCUUUUGCUGUAUAUUUUUUCAUUAGACUAGAACGUCUAAAUUGAUUUCAAAAUUCAAAACCGUUUUGUUGUCUGAGUGUUUUCUUUUUGCAAAGUGGUGUGAAAUAAAAGCUUGUGCAUAGCAAUCAACUUUUAUUUUCUAAUAGCUUGGUAUUUUUGAUUGCAUCUACAUGUAUUUCCAUCAACUUGGUGUUAAGACUGGUGUGUUUGCCAUCUUUGUUCUAAAACCACAUUACCAGCCUGUUCUUCCUACUCACCUGGAAAUUGACAAUAAUUAUUAAUAUUUCUCCUCAGGAUGUAGUGUCUGGAAACUCCAAGCUGAACAUGGCAUUUGUAGCCAACUUGUUUAACAGCUACCCUGGCUUGCCGCCGAUGGAUGCUGAGGAAGUGGAUCUUGAAGAGGCACGUGAAGAAACCAGAGAAGAAAAAAGUGAGUUAACAAACUUAAAGUUGUAGACAUUAGCGCUUCUUAUGAAUGUCUUUCAUCUGCAAGUUUUGAUAUACAUUGUACUUAACCGAUAUGUUAUGGGUCAAAAUUAAAUUCUGUGUAAACCUUUUUUAUUUAGGUUGAUGCGUUUCUUACUUUAAUGAUAUUUGUGUUGUAGCCCUAGUUAUUCAUGAAUGAGUGCUUCCACCAAACGCCAUCCCUGUUUUUCUUAAGUCUGCAUUCAUGUAUGCUACGCCUUCAAAAUGACCAGCUGAUGACAAGCUUCUUUUCCAGCCCGUAAAAUUUGCCAGUAGCCAGUUGUUAGCUUCAUGAGCAUCCCUGUUGCUUAAAGAUGUAACAAACAAAAUAAAGAUCAAAUAAAUAUAAUCAUCUUGUCAACUUUUUCAUGUUCAUUUUUGAUGCAGCUUUCCGUAACUGGAUGAACAGUAUUGGUGUUAAUCCCUAUGUCAACCACCUUUACAGGGAUCUGUGCAGUGGACUGGUUCUGCUACAGGUACGCUGUAAAAUUAUUACUCUUAUAGUAAAUGCUAUCUUAACUGUUAGUAUUAUCUUAUUAACGCGGGUAAUGCAAAUUGAUGCAGGUAAUCACAAAGAGUGCUAUCUCACCAUCAGUGUUGACAGCUUUCUUCCCUUAUUAUUUCAUCCACCGUGUUGGGAGGCUCUGCCAAGGUCCAACCCCUCACCCUUUUUAAUAUAAAAAUUCAUUUUUGACAGAAAAGGUUACCCCUAAUUGACUAAUGGCCCCCUUUCACAUUCCUACACAGUAUCCCUUUUAACUUCUGUAAAUUAUGCAUCUUUUUUUAAAUGUGAACAAGUAAAUGGGGGUGCACUGGUGUGCUGGCUUAUGCGACAAUUUGUCAUACUGUGCGCCAAAUUUCUCUCCCAUGUAAAAAUUCUAGUCGUGUGGUUAAAGAAAAAAGAGAUUUGAAACACUUUCAGUGUCUGUUGAGUUCGCCAAAUUGUAUGUAAAGUUCAUUUGUCUCCUUCCAUGCAUUUUCUAAAUCCUGAAUUUGAGUGAAAGCAUCCUCAAGAGACCCAGGGGCGGGCGAGAGAGACCCUGGGAUGCUUCUCUUAAUGAACCAGUUGCAGGGCUCAGUUGAAUGCUUGUCUCUGAUUGGGCACAAAAAUAUGCGCAAAAAAUAUUUUUGUGCCCAAUCAGAGACUAGCUUCUUCUGUCACACUGCUUUCGUGAUCUUCUUAUACGAUGGAGUUUACCUGCAAACUCAACUGUUUAUUAUUAUCAUUAUUAUUAUUAUUAUUAUUAUAGUUAUUAGUAUUAAUUAAUUAUUAUUUUAUUAUGGAGCCCUAGAUGUUUAUCAAGUAAUGUAUGUAUUGUCAUUAAUUUCUAACAUUUAUUUUUUUAUAGCUUUAUGAUAUUGUACAGCCAGGGGUUGUCAAUUGGGAUAAAGUUAACAGGCCUCCUUUUAAGCAAAUGGGUGGAAAGAUGAAGAAACUAGAGAACUGCAACUAUGCAGUGGAGAUAGGGAAAAAAGUGAAAUUUUCAUUGGUUGGGAUCGGAGGCCAGGAUAUCCAUGACUGCAAUGAAACCUUGACCCUGGGUAAGAAAGAAAUUUAAUGUAUUUAAUGGACUGGCUAAAUGAACGUGCAAAGAAAGUAUAGUGUGCGAUAGCCCAGGGCUAGUGGAUUUUGCUAUCGGGCUAGUGAAAUCUGUUUUUAACUUGCCCAACGGGCAAGUGAUGUUCUUUGAGGAAUUCGAAUAACAGAAGAAGUGUGAAAUCAAUUCUGCUCGACAAAAAGCUUUUGGGGCUAGUUGAAAUGACGUCUGGGCUAGUAAAUGCUAGCUUCAGCUUGCCCUAAUGGCAAGCUGUAAAAAUGAUUUUCUUUGCACCCUGCUAAUUGAGCGAACAUUUGUGUAUGAUGCAAAGUGUUGGAUAAAAAUGUUUGAUCUAGGUCAAACAUCAAACACCAUUUAAAUGCAAUGUCGAGAGAGGUGGCUAAACAAUAAAACAUGCUCUUUCAACUCCACGACUUAAUGUCAAAAGCAGACACUUCAAAGAAACACCUCAUUUAAAGAAGGUUUAACUCUUUGAAGAGCAAUAUUCAAAAGUAUCGCUGAUGCCUAGUGCCACUAAAGUGAAUAUUAAAAUGAAAUACAAGGAGUCUGUGGUGGCACUCUGUCUUAUAACUAUUCUAAAUGAAGCAAAAAAGAACCAAAAUCUGGAACCCCCUAAUUAGGCAAAAAAGCGUUUGACCUUGGAAGUGGAGUGAUCUUUACCUUCUUAAAAUGAAACAGUAUGGUUACUAGUAUAUUUUUUCUUGCCGAAAUGAGAAACUGUAUUCAAGUGUCUAUCCAAUAUGCAUGUUGUUAGGUUUUCUGUAAACCACUUUUAUUUGAUAAACAUGUUUACACAUUACUCAUCAGUGCUACUCAUAGCAUUUAUGUCUCCAAGUAAAAUCCGUAUCCCAGACUUCAGAAGGGGCAGUGACUUGUUUGGGUGUAACACCUACAGAUAAAUAUUUUAAUUCUCUUUGUUAUUACAGCUGUUGUAUGGCAGCAAAUGAGGUCAUACACACUUGCCCUGCUUUCGAGGCUAAACAAAGAUGGAAAAACAAUGGAGGACAAGGACAUCGUGGAUUGGGUUAACGAGAAGGUGCUGUUAUUUUUUAUACAGUGGACUCCCUCCUGUAAGACACACACCUUUAAGUACAGGUGCCAUGUGUCUGUCUUAGGGAGAUGUCCGUCUUAGUUAGGGUUGAUCGGGACUCCUUUUCGUCAACUAAUACAGGAGUAAAGAAAGAAAGACAGGGUCCAACUCUAGGUUUAGGUUUUAGUGAGGAGUCUGUCUUAAAGACAGUCAGCUAAAAGGAGUACAUGAAGGCAGUGAAGUCUGUUUUAGCGAGGUGUCAGACUUAUUGAGGUGUCUGUUAAGAAAGGGUUGACAUUAAACAAUUAUUGGAUGAGGUUGAGCAUGAUAUCAUGAAUUAUCAAAACCGAGGUCUGUGUUAUCUGCCGAAGCCGAAAAAGAAGACAUUCAGCCAUUCUGUUUCGGAGGAGAACACUCCAAGGGGCUUGGUAACCAGGCAGACGUUGAACUUGACAUGAUAAAUGCAAUAUCUGCAGCAGAUAUUGCAUUUAUCAUGUCAAGUUCACAAGCUAUUGUGAAUUGAUUGAAUGCUCUCGACCAAUCAGAUUUUUCAUAGUGAGUCUGAUGUAUAAUAAUAAAAUUUUAUUUCGCGUGAAGUCUGACUCUGACUGCUGGCCUCACAGGAUUGUUUGGGAAACAAUGAUCAAGGUUCACAAUGGAACCAAGCCAAGUAUCGUUAAGAGCCCGGCCCUGCUCAAAUGCCAUCCACGUUAUCUUUACGCUCUACUUCUGAUGGAUAAAGCUUUGAGAAUAUACCGCCGUCAUUAUUGUAAUAAUUUUCCUCCCUUGUUUGUCUUGCAGUUAAAGAGUGCGAACAAAUCCAGCAGCAUUGCUUCAUUUAAGGAUCCAGCUAUUUCUAGCAGUCAGGCGGUGUUGGAUCUGGUUGAUGCUAUCAAGCCUGGUAUAGUGGACUAUAGCUUGGUCACUCCUGGGGAUACUGAUGAGGUAAGGAAUGAGCUCUAUUCGUCACUUUAGAAACAAGGAGGGACCUAGAGCCGAAAUAUGUGCCGCAAUUAAUUCUGGGAUCGUUACUGGUGGCGUACCGGUCAGCUAUUGGCCAAUUUGUUUCCCCUGUCCCUAGUAACAGUCCCAGAAGUCUUUGCGAUAGGUAAUUCGGCCCAGUUUCCUCGAUUCUAAAGUGCCGAACGCAGUUCACCGGUGUCACGAGGAGCUGUCUCACGAAAUUUAUUAAAAUUCAAACUGUGGAAACUGCCACAAUUUGAUUGAAAACGUUGAAAGAAGGUAUAAAUAAGACGGCAAAUGCAAAAGGAUGCGCCGAUGGACGAACUUGGAGAUGCUUAAAACGGAUCGCAAUGGUGGUUUUCGUAAAUCUUGCUAGUCAGUUUUUUCAAAGAUCAAUUUUGUUUUCUGUAACGUUUGAUCAGUGAUGUUUGAGAGACAUAUUUGUUUGACACGAAGCUUGAUUUUGUCUUUCACAAGUUUUAUAGCGAAUAAGGACGCGUAACUAACAUUGUAAACAACAUGAACUAGCCGUAGUCAGCCGUGACACAACAGCCCCUGUAAAAGUUUUUUAGUACAAAAUGCGGACAUAUUUUAGUUAAUCUUCGAGUGAAUGGUAGUAAGAAAGCCAUAUUCUUAUCUGGCAGAUUUAUCUAAGACAAAACGAAAGGUUAAAUGACAAUUUGGUUCUGACAAUUGGUAUGCUCCCCUACACUUUGGUCAGAACAUAUAUAUAAUAUAUACAUAGAAUGAGAAACCCGGAUAAAAAAUACACAUUUUGAAUUAGAUAUCUGUAUGCAUUCAAGGUGAAAAUAAAGUUACGUAAUAUGUUGAAUAAAAGCAAGACAUACACUAUUGGUAAAAAUAACGAUAAAACGAUAAAAAAUGAAAUAUAAGUAGGUGGUAUAAGUUAUGUCAUUGCCGAAACACAACAGGUUCCCCAGUCGGGGCCUCUGAAUCAAAUCAAAGGGUUAAACAUAACAUAAUCCUAGAGGGCACACCUUGAACAAAAAGUAAUAAGGUACAAACUUAAGGGCUAUGGAUGGGAAACCCAUAGAAAAAUAACAGGAUCCCCGAAAGCAGCCCCUGAGUGCAUCGGCAAUCACAGAACAAUAAAUUCUCAGAUUCAGUCAUAUAAUUACCUGUGAUAUUUUCCUUGUUUUUCAGGAAAAACACGAAAACGCCAAGUACGCACUGAGUGUGGCUCGAAAGAUUGGAGCUACAACCUACGCCCUCCCUGAUGACUUGGUUGAAGUCAAACCGAAGAUGGUGUUGACAGUGUUUGCCUGUCUGAUGGCCACGGCGCUCGCACUGGAAUAAGAAAAGAAGUAGUUAGGAAUUAAGAAGAAAAUGUUUAGUCCAACUUUUGAAAACAUAUUUGAGAUUUUGAAAUAUAGUAAAAUAUUCGAGCGAAUGAAAAAGUAAAAUACAGAGACCUACCGAACGGCGACGGCAACGUAACCGUAAAAAAAUAGAAACAAACGAUAGGUUUAGACGGCAGGAGAAUAGAUUGACUCGAUCCUUUUCCCCCUAGGUUCCAAUGUAUCGUCACAACUUUAAAAGAACUGAACGAGUUGAAAUAAUCAUUUUUUUACGUUUUCGUCAUUGUUGAGUCGUCGCGCUUUUGUAGCAGAAGCUCGUAAUAUAACAAUUUGACUGCCUAUUAUUUGUUUGCUUUCUUUUGGUGAAGAAGUUUACUAGAGGACAAACAACGUGAACCCAGCUAAGCAGCCCGGUUAAGCGAUUAAACUUUGCCCAACAAAAAAGUGCGUAAUGGGUCAAGUAAAUUGAAGAACUUGGCGGUUUAAUUCCGUUAUUUGUUCUGGGCUCUCAACUGAGUACCAGGAUUUGAGUGCGCACCAUGAUUGGCCUGUUAAAAGAGCCAUUGUUCGAUUGGCCAAUCAGCGCGGCGUUGCGUUUAUUUGGAGUCCAGAACUAGCAUCUCGGCGCUAUUUCCCAGACGUUAAUAGCCGGAGUUAGAAUACGUCUGCGACACAGGCUAUCUUUAUACAGCGUCAAUUAGAAGACAGUAAGAGAUACGAUCGAGCCGUAGUUCAGCUAGUUCCUACGCUCACCAGUGAAACGCGCGUGCCUGCCGGUAAACCCGGCGCGAUAUCCUUUGGUGCUUGUGACGCUGUAAAUUUUCUGGGCCUUAACUGUUUCCACGUUUUUCAGUUUGAAUCUUUAAUACGUCUAAAUAUUUAAAUAUAUAGAUCAGGAGAUUUUUUUCCUGAGAUUAACUGAAAUCUUAGAAUAAAGAUUUGUUAAAUGUGGUUGCACAGAGGGGUGCAUGCCCUCUCUCCAUUGCAGCUAUAAAUUGACAAAAUAACAAAUUAGACUCAAAUAAAUAUUAGGUACAACAAAGAAAUGAUUGUGAAAAAAACCGAGCCCUUAGCGGGAAUCGAACCCACAACCUUCCAGAUACCGGUAGCACGCUCUAACCAUUGGGUUAUGGGCGACUCACACAGCGUGCAGGUCGCCACGGGACUUUUUGCGCUGGACUAAAGCAGAACAAUACAGGACUUUUGCAUCACGCAGGCACAUUAAGAAAGUGUUGUGUACACUUUGAAGCCAACCAACCUUCCAAAAACGAUGAAAUUUUUUCCUGCGAACAUUUCUUUAUUGUACCUGACAAAUUAGGCGAUCACGGAAUUAGAGAAUCAAGCAGUACUAACUGCGGAAU